AAAAAAAAAAAAAAGACGAUGUGUAUUCUGACAUCAUGUCAUCAUCUUGGUUCUUCUAUUUCACCAUCCGACUUUUGGCCCAAUGGCUCCAUGGCUGGCUGGUGGAAUGACGGUGCCCUAGGCGGACGCUUAUCAAGACCAUCAAGCGGGACAGACCUCUCAUGACCGGGUUUCUGUGGGCCAGAGACUAAGGCAAGGUCCACUUUGUGAUGUGCUGGAGGGGGGCUCUUUGCCGCGGCCAUUGAUGUCAUUCAUUGUCGAAUCGGCGUGGUGGUUGCACCAUUGGUUAGUGCAAGAAAAGGACGCACGGAGCUUUGAGCGGCGUCUGAAUGACUAGACGACCUGGCAGGUUGUUUAUUCGGGGGGCGCAGUAGCGCAAGAGUCCAAUCCGUUGUGGGUGUUGCUCGUGCAGCCGUCAGACCGUGCCUCUGCUCCCGCGUCGUGCAGCUAGGUUGUCACGUCCUUGGCCGGCUCAUGUCGCUGGGCUCCCACCUUUUUGGCGCGCCCGAGGAGAGACAAAGGGGUCACGGUAGCACCGCGACCGCAGCCGUUUUGUCGGGACCCUUGGCUGCGGCUUGGCUGUUUUUUUUUUUUGAUCUCAUCUGCCCACCCACUCGCUCGUUCCCUCCUCCAGCAAGACCCAGACGCAGACCUGUGCUGCCGCUCCUCCCGCGGCCGCCGAUCCGAGGCGGGCACUGCAAGGCUGAUUCGAGGUGGUGUUAUUAAUAUGUGAUGCAAAUCAGCACCUAAAGGCCGCAGAGACGUGGCCCAGCCCGCCAUUCGGAUCCCCCCUCGACAUCCUCUUACCGCCCGCAUUGCAUGGGAUUGACAGCGCGUUGCAUGGCCCCAGCCAGCGAGCUGUCAGAUAUCGCCGACGAGCCAGCCACUGGGAGCGGCCCUGCGAAUCCCUGCCUCCUUUUGGGCGACCAAGAAUUGGACCUGGCAACCUGGGCGCCCCCCACCACCCACACCAAGUCGAGCACCCACCAGCAGCACCACCACCGCAACAGCCGUCCCGCCCCCCUUGCUUCCAGGGUGUCAAGAGAUACCGCUGCGCGCCCAGAUUGAAUCAUCCCUCCGACUUCGUCUCCUACGAAGUAUCCCUUCCUUCUUGAGCGCAUUGUUCAUCCAGGUCAUUUUGCCAGUCAGAACUAGUAGGCACAGCGCUCGAGGGCAGAACAGUCUGCCUGUCUGGACAAAGCACAGCAAAGCACAGCAAAGCCGGGCGCCACCAACGAUAGACCCCGACCACCCAACUGGGCAAACUCGUGUUGUCUGCGGACCAUUUGCCUAAUUCGAGCCUCGGGUCUUGUCGCCGCAGAACACGUCUACAUUUCCACGUCUGGGAGCAACCUUUGCAGAAGCACACAUCUAGUUUUACUUGACGAAGCCCUUACUUAUCCAAAUCUUUCUGGAGCUCGUCUUCUCCCCUUUGAGGGCCGCCGCAGCCCGACCAAAAUGGCGUUCCACCAGCCGACCGCGCGGCAGUCUCUCAACAGGCCACCAGCUGCCCCAUCAGCCCUCCAUGACGACAGCCCUCAGGUCGGUGGGCUGCCUGCGCACGCAACCCCACAACAUGCCGCCUCACCAACCAUCGGCGGUGGCGUUGCCGAAUCCCAGACCUGGGUCCUUUUCUCGCCCGCCGAAGGCUCGGCGACCACGACGACGUCGGCCUCCUACCUCGGCUCUGUUCUACAAAGCGACUCGGCAGAGCGCACCCCCGGGCGCUCGCACGUCAGCGAGGUGGGGAGUGGCAACACCAUCGCCCGAUCUAAUGUCAACUCGGUCCCCCUAAACUCGGCGGUCCCCUCGGUCCUGUCGGGCUCGGCGCUGUCGAUUCAGGAGGAGGAUGCGGAGCUCGACGUGCUUGAUAGCCAUUUGCCCGAGUUCCGCCAGGGCUUGCAUGGGUUACGGCAUCAAAACCGGCAUGACGGUAGCUACAUACACGCGGCAACGGCGUCGCCGCCUCCGAUCCCGGUUCUUCCUACCCACGAUGGCUUAGGGUCUUUCAGGCUGGGCACUCCUGCGGCCGGGGACGGGGCGGACGAUUUGCAGAUGCAGGAGCACAUAUACUCUUUUGAGCGGUUCAACCCGCGGCGGGUGAAGCGGCGGCGCGAAAGCCUGGAUUUGGCGCGGCUGGAGGUCGAGAUGGCGGCGGCGACGGCUGCCGCGGGCGGGUCCGCCGAGGCUGAGCGUCACCGCCGCAUCGAGGCUUGGCGCCAGGAGCAGAGCUUGCUGCUGCUCGAGGCCAUCCGGCGGGAGACGAGGCGGAGGCGCCAGCACACGGCUGCGCCGCACUUGCGCCGGCGCGACUCUGGAGGCAUGUCGGACGCCUCGGCCGCGGUGGCUGCUGUGCCCGCCGCCGAUGAGCUGCUGGCAUCGCUCGGGAACUCUGCUGCUGCGUCGCACGCAGGCGACAUGCCCAUGGCUGGAACGGAGUGGCACGAGCAGGACGCCGGGGUUCCUGGUGACGGCGCGGAGGCACAGGGUAAAGAGCAGGAGGGCUACCUGAGCCGGUUCACGCGUAAAGUCAUCCGUGACUUGCUGGGAAUCGACGACAAUCUGCUUGCCGUCCUGCUCGGAGAGGCCCUGGCAGAGGAGCAAGUAGAGAGUCGGGAAAGCCAACGCAAGUCUCGCGGGGAUGCGCAGGAAGACGACGACCUCUCGUCGACGCCCAAGGCAUCCGUGGCCGGCCUUUCCACCCUCCUGCGGGGUAGUGAGGAGUCAGCGGGUACGACUCAUCCAGAUGACUCUUCGUCUUCGUCUUGGCAGCUCCGGAUGCUGGACCGGAUCGCGCGGGAGCUCGGUCUCCUGGUGCACCGCAUGUCGACUCACCACCCUGGUGCCUUCGCCGCCUACGCGCGCCUGACCGAGGACCCGCUGCCCUAUGCCGGCCUGCCCGUCAUCCCGGAGGCUGAGGUCGCGUCUGCCACCCGAGACGAGGUCCGGUCGCGGCGGCGGGCCUAUUCGAUGGGCGACAAUGUCAAUGCCGAAGACUACAUGGAUGGUACGGGUAGUGGCAUGCCUUCUGUCAUGAUGCCGCAGUUUACGCCGAGCGUCCCGCCGCAUAUGCAUCACCAUGGCGACGGCGGUGCCGGCGGGCACGCCCAGCCCAUCGCGAUACCUGGCAGGCAACAGGGGCAGCAAGAGCAUGUGGAGGGCAGCGGCGGACACCCGACCACGUUCACGCAGCAGGAAUGGGAGCAGCAGCUCGACAUUGGCCUGGUGUUUCGGUACCUCCGCUCGCGCUUCGGUUCGUCCUCGACGCCCUCGUCCUCGUCCGCGGCCGGCCUCUCGACGGGCGCCUCGCCGCACGCGCUGUCGCUGACGAGCCAGGACACCGCGGCGCGCGCCGCCCGGGUCCGGCUGCACCACCCGCUCGUGGGCCGUAGCGCUCCGCGCAGGAACAAUAGCAGCACGGCCACGACGACGACGGGCAUGACCAUGUCGUCGGCCCCGCAAGCCACCACGGGCGCGGCAGUCGGCCCCGCGGUCACGGCGGCGCUGCACACGCGGCAGCGGUCGCCGAGCUGUGCCAGCCAGCAGAGCCCGCGGUCCCGCAGGUCUGGGGUGACGAGGCGGAGCGGCAGCUUCAGCGUCGCGUCGGCGGCGUCGCGACACUCGAGCCGGCACUACUGGGACAUUGGCGGGUCCGUGGGCACCGGGAGCAUCAUUGCCAGCACGGGGCCGAUGGGCAGCUGGGGCGAAGUGUAGAUGGGAGGCGAUGCUGUCGUCGAGGCGGCAUGGGUUUUGUUAUAUCGUGUUUCUCAUGGUUUGUAUCGCGCUCUCUUCCAGGAUUUCUUUUUCGGGGUUGUUAUCUUGCCGCACAUCUCUGCUCUAUACCUUUAGCAAGUCGCCAUGGCGCAAGGCCGCAUACAUCUGGUGUUCUUCUUAUACACCCACUCAUCCGCUCUCAUUUAAUGCAUUUUACACGCUGCUCGUCUCUGGCAGGCAUGUAAAGACAUCUUCCUGUAUACUACUAGCAUGCGCGAUAUUUCUUCCUGGGUAAAGGUAAAUCGAUGCACAAUAUCUGACGUGGUUAUUACACCUGG